AACCGAGAGACGCCCCACCAUCGAGAUCCAGGAGCAUCACCAUCAAUCUAUGACCUUCUGGUUAGCUUAGGGCAAGCAAACCAGGCUGUACUAGAUCUGCCAGACCUGGGUGCCCAACUAGGUUAUCCCCCUGGGACCAUGGUAUAUAUUGCAGGCAAGGUGCUGGAGCAUGGGGUCCCAGGUUGGGGUGAUGGUGAGAGGAUUGUGAUUGCC